AUGCCCCUUUUUCUCAAGGGCUACAAGCUCGACAUGUCGAAGAUAAGCCAUACUUUCGACAUUCAACCCCCCGACAUUCCGCAAGACUGGGUCAUCUCCAUCAUCAACUGUAUCCCGAGGGAUGCCUACGAAUACAUCGGAAAUGGCUACGAGAAAGAUGGCAAACUCAAUGUCAUGAUCGUGAUGGCGGCUGGACGCGAUGAGAAAGAGUUGAUGAAGACCCCAGUGACGCCCUCAGACAAAACACUUGCUGAUGUCGCCCGUAGGAUUUGCACGCCGGCCAUUUGGCCGUCCUUCGACGAGGAGCGAACAGAUCUCGACUCCCCUCCGACAUUUUGGGAUGGCUGGCGGAGCGGCGCUACCAGCCUGCUGGAGUGGAAUGGAACAGUGCAGAAAGGCAUUUAG